UCUUCGCAAAAGUAUCCUGUUGCCCGCUCCCAAUCAUGUACUUUGGCCGAUCGCAGAUUCACACGCCGAUUCCAGCCGCCCCUGAGUCGCUGGGCAGGCUCGUCGACAGCAUCUUUGGUUCGCGCAGCACAUCCGCCGCCGAGUCGCGUCGCGACAGCCCGCGCGCUACUGCCAGCCGCGCUUCAGAGACGGCGCCAGAGUAAGUCGCCCAGCUGCUGUGGCACUGUUUUGUUCCCCCCCAUUGGUUGGGCCACAAUGGGGAGGCGACAUGGGAUUGAGACGUUAUUUGCCGCUGCUCCGUUGUGCAUUUGCUAAUGAACCCGAGAGGCGCUUUAUAUCGCCAUUGGGAUAUUGUAG